GAGAUUUGCUAGAUCAAGCCCAGCAAAAAUGGGGGAUGAAGAAUACCGGAUUCUUUUGUGCCAUGGAUCCAACAAAUAUGAGCUUACAGUUUGUGGACCUAUGACUCUUACAGAUCUGAGUCAAAAGAUUGAAGCAGCGACUGGAAUUUUACACAUGAGCCAGAAAAUAAUAUUUAAAGGUAAAAAUUUAACUGAACCCGGCAUAACUCUGGCAGAAUAUGGGAUCAGCCCAGGGUCUAAAGUGAUGGUGUUAGGAAAGAAAUUUGACCCCUCUGAAGAUACUGAUUACCAGGCAGUUGUAGAGAUCGAAAAUUCCUGUAGCAGAGUUGAGAGCAAACUUAACGAUAUCAUCCCUCAGGUUAAUGGUAUCCAUAAUGGAUAUUUAGAUUCCAAACAUUGUGGAGAAGCAUUGGGUAAAUUGAGGAAAGAGUUAUUAGGUGUAAAUGAAGAUUUUAUGCGUCUCUUGGAACAGCUUGAUGGCCUAUCAUUUGAGGAAGGUCAGGGUCCAGCAAGACAGAAACGCAAGUCAUUGGUGAAGAAAAUCCAGCAAUUGAUGGAGCGAUCAGAUCAGCUACAUGAGGAUAUUAAUCAUUUAAUUAAAAGCUACUCUUAGUGGAUAAGGCACAUUUUGUGAUAUGUCCCCAUCUGGUCAAGUAUAGGUACAGUAACAGCAGCAGCACUCAAGUACUAACAUUUGUUGUAGGCUUUGAGUAGCUGUUUCAGGUGGAAGUCAUGUUCUAUAACUUCAUAUUUGAUGCUAUAUAUAUAUAUACUAUAUAUAUUCUAUAUGUAUAUAGUAAGUUAUCAAAAUAUUAUUUUCUUGAUUGACUGAAGCAUUUUUUCAAUGCUGUCCUUUUCAUAAUGGUUUGAAAUUUAGUUGCAUGAUAUUUUUGCUUGUAUUUUAUUUUUGUAUUUGAUGGUAUGGACACUCCUUUUAAUAAAGACUAUAUUAAUUUAUUUGGCUUUGUAGGUUCUUAUCUGUAUAUUUUGACUGGGGUUAAGUUCUUUGCUGUGAUGGUGUAUUGUAGUCUUAGGACACAGUAAUUAUUAACAGCCUAUUUUGUCCAUUGGAAAGGUAACCCUCAGGGCGUAAUUUGUAAAGUUACAAGUAUUUGCUGUUUGGGUGAGAAGUGGGCACUCCUACUAUUUACAGAUGACUACCCUUUUAGGAAGUUUUGUAGAUCUGAUUAUAUACACAAAAAUUCUUCCAUCUACAUAAAACCAGCUAAAAUGACUGUGGGUCACAGGGAAUUGUGCCAAAUUGAAAUAGAUUAUUAUGCUUGAUUAAGCAAGCAUGUAUUUGGGAAGGUGAGGGGUUACAUAGUAGAGUAUCUUUAUUGAAGGCCAUUCAUUCUAUUUGACUUUUAUUAUAUUCGUGUAACCCAGUGAGUGAUAUAACAUGUGAAGUGUUACUGUGUUUUAAAAGGGGGGAAAAUAAUCCAUAUAAUAUCCUUUAUUCACAUAAGUUCUAUUGACUGAAACCCUUACUAUAACUUUUAUAAAAGCCAAGUAAUAUGUGGAAGUGUGUUGACGUGUCUUUAGUAAUAUGACAGAAGUCAAUUUAGGUGAGAUUAGGUUUCAAAAUCAUUCAACUUAAUUCACCAAGCGUAUGCAUUGUCAGUGUUGCUCUCUUCUGAUGGAUAUCGUAAAUAUUUUGUAUUGUAGGUACCAUAUUCUAGUAUACAGUUGUUGUAUCAUACAAAAAAGCCUAAUUCAUAAUGAAGACAUCUAGGGACUUAUAACCUAUAGAUAAGCAUAUCUUAAUCCAUCCAUAUACAGUGUAGAACAUGCUCAAUGUUGCUGUUGCUUAUCAUCUGGAUCUCCAAAAUGUUGUGCAUCCUACCAAGCAUAUGUUGAAUGCAGCCAAAUUAUUAUAAAGGUAUUGACAUUAUUCAUUGUACAAGGUUUUAUUGUUACAGUAUUCUAUGUAGUUUAGCAUGAUGAUGCAAUACACACACACAUUGCAUCAUGAUGUUCCUUUGGUUACAGUAACGGGGCAAUUACAGUGCAAAGUUGUUUGUACAGUAUUGUUGAAUGCAGCAAACCCCUGUAAAUGCAGUACAGAGUCAGAGUACUUGAUUUUGACUAUGAUUAUUAUAGUAUGACUUUCACAUAGUCUCCAUCUGUAUUAUGAGAAGCCUCAGAUUCUGUGGAUGCUGAGUGAUGCGGUUUGAUCGGAGUUUUGCAGCUCAUUUGUUUUAAGCAUCAUGGUGUGGUAUGUCACCUUAACCUUUAAUGGAUGGAAUGAUCCUCAGGAGUAGUAGUAACAGGUUUGGGGUGGUGGAUGGAUUGAUCCUGUAGAUAAACAAUAUUAAGUGCCAUUGAUUUGGAAAGAAUCGGGGAGGAUAGAGGUGCCAAAUAUACUUCUAUAGCCCAUAAAUUCACUAAUGGCAACUUUUAUACUGUCUAAGAUGAUAAAUCAGGCAUCUCAGGACUUAAGUAUUACGUCUCUGUCUCACAUGACGUCUUUUGUAAAUUUGCUUGCAAAUAUACCAAGAGGUUGUCAUGGUUUUUUUUAUUUUACGAUAGUAUGUCGCUUGUAAAUGUAAUUUUACUAAGAAAAUGCAAAGAAAUAUUAGAAAAACAUGUAAAAGUAAAAAAAGUUACUGAUUCUUCAUUCUCGGUAAAUUUAUGUAAAUAUUUUUCAACAAAUAAGCUAAGACUUUAUUACUGAUUUUAUUUCUUAUGUGUUCUGAUAUUGUGUAAACAGUAAUUAUAAUUUUACUAAAUAAAAUAGAAUUAUUUAUUAGUAAAAACAUUAUAUAAGUUGGUAAAAUUUAUGAUAGUCUUGUAAAAGAUGCCACCACAAGGGGAUGUCAAUAGGCAGUAAUUUUUAACUUCUCGUGGAAAGUAGGGAAAUUUUUUAGAAUUUUUUUUUUCACCAUGUACAUACAUUUGCAUAUCUUCCUCUUUCCAUUGAUUUUUUUUUAUUUUUUAUAUAUAUAUAUAUAUAUAUAAAUUGGCCGACAUUGAAGUUUACCCAGCCCAAGGAGCUGCAUAUAGAUAUAUUUACCUGUCCAGUAAGGGUUAAAAAUAGCAGGUAAGGUUUUAGUGUUUAUGUCUAUGUUAUAUACUUUGAUUGGCAUUUAUUUAAUCUUCAAGCUGCUGUUGGGACUAUGUUAUUGACAAAAGGAGCCGAGGCGUAGUAAUCAAACAGAAUUUGAGAAAUUUUUGAAGCAAAAUGGCUAUAGGUAUUUGAGUAGGAAGUUAUGGUUUAAUUAUCUGGUUCAUCAUACACUUUACGCAGAGCAUUUCUUUUAUGGUGGUCAGAGGUUAGAUGACCCCACUACUGUUUGCUCUUUACACUUUUGACCUGAAUUUUCUCAUAAGAACAAACUUUUGGCCAGCACUGCGAGAGUUGAGAUUCCUUUUUCAUUGAUCAAACAAGACAUCCUACCACUCUUAAUUGCUGCCCUCCUCUUCCCUUCACAUAGUCAACCACUGUGUUUUUUUUAGAUUUUAAUUACAAAGUUUAACCUCGGAAGUCUUCAUUUCUCAGCUACUCUCUCCUUUAUCUAACAAUCCUCCCAGAACACUUCAUCCAUUGCUGUCAUUAUUUUGUAGUUAUAGUUUUCAAGAAUAUAAUAUCUUGUCAAUGUGUGCCCCAGACUUUGCUGCACAGAAAACGUCCUGUACAUACAUCAUAAAUUUUUGCUGUUUAUUGAGAUAUGUACUCUUAUUAAAUUACCUGCUAUUUAAUAGACCAGCAGUCUUUUUACACUAUAUGCAGGCUGUUGCUACUCUUUAAUUGGAAUUUUACUGCUCAGUAAUUUCUUGCCUCAAAAAUGAGUAUGGUCUGAUCAUAAUUAGGAUUCUGCCUGUUUCAAAUAAAAGAUGUUGGACUGCAUUCUUUAUAUAUAUGAUU